AUGUCACACUCUGAAGCUGCAUCUGGUGUUCAGACACCUGUCGCCUCCUCCAUCAUGGAGAAGGAAGAAAAGUUGGAUCAAUCCAACACUCCUACUGAUCUUGCCCCAUCCUUGUCGGAAAAAUCGGUUAGAAACUACCUUUCCACCUGUUUCUUCUGUUUGUUAGUUGCCUUUGGUGGUUUCGUUUUUGGUUUCGAUACCGGUACUAUUUCUGGUUUCGUUAACAUGUCUGAUUUCUUGGAAAGAUUCGGACAAACUCACGCUGAUGGAACCUUCUACUUGUCUAACGUUAGAGUUGGUUUGUUGGUUUCCAUUUUCAACAUUGGUUGUGCUGUUGGUGGUAUUUUCUUGUCCAAGAUUGCUGACAUCUACGGAAGAAGAUGGGGUUUGAUGUUCUCCAUGUUGGUCUACGUUGUCGGUAUUGUGGUACAAAUUUCUUCCACUGACAAGUGGUACCAGUACUGUGUUGGCCGUGCUAUCACCGGAUUGAGUGUCGGUACUGUCACUGUUUUGGCUCCUAUGUUCAUCAGUGAAUCCUCUCCAAAGUCGUUGAGAGGUACUUUGGUCUACUGUUUCCAAUUGUGUAUCACCUUUGGUAUUUUCAUCGGUUACUGUGUCACCUACGGAACCAAGAAGUUGAGUGGUUCCAGACAAUGGAGAAUUCCAUUGGGAUUGUGUUUCCUUUGGGCUAUCUUCUUGGUUGUUGGUAUGCUCUGUAUGCCUGAGUCCCCACGUUACUUGGUUGAAAAGCACAGAAUUGAAGAUGCUAAGAAGUCCAUUGCUAGAUCCAACAAGGUUCCAGUCGAAGACCCAUCUGUCUACACCGAAGUGCAAUUGAUCCAAGCUGGUAUUGACCGUGAAGCUCUUGCUGGCUCCGCUUCCUGGGGUGAAUUGAUCACUGGUAGACCAGCCAUUUUCAGAAGAGUCAUCAUGGGUAUUAUGUUGCAAUCCUUACAACAAUUGACUGGUGACAACUACUUCUUCUACUAUGGUACCACCAUUUUCCAAGCUGUUGGCUUGAAGGAUUCUUUCCAAACCUCCAUCAUUUUGGGUAUUGUUAACUUCGCUUCUACCUUUGUGGGUAUCUGGGCCAUUGAAAGAUUUGGUAGAAGACAAUGUCUUUUGACCGGUUCCGCUGCCAUGUUUGUGUGUUUCAUCAUUUACUCCAUCAUUGGUUCCGUUCACUUGUACAAGGAUGGCGAAUACAACAAUGACAACACUUACAAGCCAUCUGGUAAUGCUAUGAUUUUCGUCACCUGUCUUUACAUUUUCUUCUUUGCAUCUACCUGGGCCGGUGGUGUUUUCGCCAUUGUUUCCGAAUCCUACCCAUUGAGAAUCCGUUCCAAGGCCAUGGCCACUGCCACUGCUGCCAACUGGAUCUGGGGUUUCUUGAUUUCUUUCUUCACUCCAUUUAUCACCUCCGCUAUUCAUUUCUACUACGGUUUUGUGUUUACCGGCUGUUUGCUUUUCUCCUUCUUCUACGUUUACUUCUUCGUUAACGAAACUAAGGGUUUAAGUUUGGAGGAAGUCGAUGAGUUGUAUGCUCAAAAGAUCUUGCCAUGGAAGUCUAGCUCUUGGGUUCCACCAAGCCCUGAAGAAAUGGCACACUCUACUGGUUUUGCUUCUGAGGCUAAGGCUAAUGAUGAGCAAGUUUAA